UGAACAUGAAAAUGAAUGAGUACACAGCCAUAUCGCAACGCCGCUGGUUGGAUUUGAUAUAAUACAUCUAAUUAAAAUCCGAUGAUUUUUAUUCGAAAAUAAAAAUAUUUACCGAAUCUUUUGGAUGGUAUUGUUGACAUUUAGUGAUCGGACAAGAGAAUAAGAUAAAUGAAAAUUGGAAUUACAAUUCGUUAUAAGUUAAUUCAACGUAAAAUCGAUCGACCUGAUCCAAUUUAUAAACAAAAACAACACGUAAUGCUAUUUAAUCAUCUCUAUUUCACUACCUCUACAAUGGGUACUGUAGACUAGUCGCCGUGUUGUACGGCAUAUUGUGCAAUGCAUUAAAAGUGUAAGUAAAAAUAAAUAAGAAAAAAAAACAAGCAGAACUUGUAUGUACAUUACCAACUCAAAGAGAACUACUGUAGUCACUAUCAUCGGGUUUUCUGAUACAAAAUGUUGAUAUACUUUUGCCGAAAAUAUUGUUCAAACUCGUUAUCGUCGUUGUGUUAAAAAAAAAAAUAAGAAGAGAGAAAAUUCGACACGAAAAUUACGCAUAUUUUAAUGACUAUGUAGCAAGAUAUGUGAAAAUCAAAAAGAAAAAAAAUAAUUACAAUAAAAUGUUAUGUUUAAGUCAACGAAACCUUGCCAAUGUAAAGAAGUUUCCAUAAAAUUUUAUUAUUAUUUUUUUCUGUUUAAAGCAAUUUACCGUGCCCAUGUGUAAAUAUACGUAAAAGAAACAAAGUCAAUUAAAAAAAAAGUUUUUAUAAACUUGAAAAUUGUGUAACUCUUAAAUUUUGUGUUUCUUGAAUGGUGAACAUCCUGAAAAUAAUAUUGUACUGAAACAGCAUUCGAAUCAAUGGUGGUUUUUGUUAAUUUACCACCGGUACGAUAAUUUAUUUGCCGGUUAUAAUAUUGUUGACGAUUUUACCCAACGAUAUCGCCGGAAUUUAUUGGAUUAAUCAAUCACAGCAGCAAUAAAAGAAAAGGAAAAGAAAAAGAAUCGGGACAAAAGAUGUCGACAGAAAAUGAAUUAACGCCUGGCAUGCCAGCCCAUUUACAUACAUUGUCGUAUCCCGAUUUGACGACAACAAUUCAGCUGAACAAAGCAGUCAGUUUGUUGGAGAAGGCCUCUACAUAUGACUCAUGGACUUCCUCACCACCUCGGCCACCGAGCCCUGCGCAGUCGCAGACAAGCCUCACACUUUCAUCACCAACACCAGGAUCGACACCAACAACAGCUGUAGCCGGCUCUAGCGUUACAGCUGGCCCAUUAGGCGUUGUCACUACGGCAACGCCAGCACCGCCGGAUCUUCCAGUAUUUACAUGUCCGCGACGACCGAACUUGGGACGGGAGGGUCGUCCCAUUUUACUUCGUGCCAAUCAUUUUCAAAUAUCUAUGCCGCGUGGCUAUGUGCAUCAUUAUGACAUUAACAUACAGCCGGACAAGUGUCCGCGAAAAGUUAAUCGGGAAAUUAUUGAGACAAUGGUGGCCGCAUACAGUAAAUUGUUUGGUGUUUUGAAACCAGUAUUCGAUGGCAGAAACAAUUUGUAUACACGGGAUCCGUUGCCCAUUGGUAACGAUCGUUUAGAAUUGGAGGUUACGCUACCAGGCGAGGGAAAAGAUCGAGUGUUUAGAGUCUCAAUCAAAUGGGUUGCGCAAGUGUCAUUGUUCAAUUUGGAAGAAGCAUUGGAGGGACGUACUCGUCAAAUUCCCUACGACGCAAUACUAGCUCUGGAUGUCGUCAUGAGACAUUUACCAAGCAUGGUUUACACACCAGUUGGACGGAGUUUCUUCAGUUCACCUGAUGGAUACUAUCAUCCGUUAGGCGGUGGUCGUGAAGUGUGGUUCGGUUUUCAUCAAAGUGUGCGUCCAUCACAGUGGAAAAUGAUGUUAAACAUCGAUGUAUCUGCAACGGCAUUUUACAAAGCUCAACCGGUUACUGAUUUCAUGUGUGAAGUGUUGGACAUUCGAGAUGUGCUGGAGCAAAGAAAACCACUCACCGAUUCACAACGUGUCAAAUUUACGAAAGAAAUCAAAGGUCUAAAAAUUGAAAUCACUCAUUGUGGAACAAUGCGACGUAAAUAUCGCGUGUGCAACGUGACUCGACGACCAGCUCAAAUGCAAUCAUUCCCACUGCAAUUAGAAAAUGGACAAACAGUUGAAUGUACCGUUGCCAAAUAUUUCUUAGACAAAUACAAAAUGAAAUUGAAACAUCCACAUUUGCCAUGCUUGCAAGUUGGACAGGAGCACAAACAUACUUAUUUACCGCUUGAAGUAUGCAAUAUCGUUGCCGGUCAGAGAUGCAUAAAGAAAUUGACCGAUAUGCAGACAUCAACGAUGAUUAAGGCAACAGCUCGCUCGGCCCCUGAUCGAGAACGUGAAAUUAAUAAUCUAGUCAGACGUGCUGACUUCAACAAUGAUGAAUAUGUGCAGGAAUUUGGUCUAACCAUUUCAAAUAGCAUGAUGGAGGUGCGUGGCAGAGUUUUACCACCACCCAGACUUCAAUAUGGUGGUCGUGGCGCUACUAUGAUGGGCCAACCUAUGUUCCCUCCACAGAACAAGGUCAGUUUGGCAACACCCAAUCAGGGUGUUUGGGAUAUGCGUGGCAAACAGUUUUACACUGGAGUGGAGAUCCGUGUCUGGGCCAUUGCAUGCUUUGCACCACAGCGAACCGUACGUGAAGAUGCGUUGAGGAAUUUCACCCAGCAACUGCAAAAGAUUUCCAACGAUGCUGGCAUGCCGAUCAUUGGCCAACCAUGUUUCUGUAAAUAUGCCACUGGUCCAGAUCAGGUUGAACCGAUGUUCAGAUAUCUUAAAAAUAGCUUUAAUGCGCUGCAAUUGGUUGUGGUGGUUUUGCCGGGAAAGACUCCAGUUUAUGCUGAAGUGAAACGUGUUGGUGAUACUGUGCUCGGUAUGGCCACACAAUGUGUACAAGCCAAAAAUGUUAACAAAACUUCGCCACAGACGCUAUCGAAUCUUUGUUUAAAGAUCAACGUGAAGUUGGGCGGAAUCAAUUCGAUUCUUGUGCCAUCAAUAAGACCAAGUGUAUUCAACAAACCGGUAAUAUUCCUUGGUGCCGAUGUCACACACCCACCAGCUGGAGACAAUAAAAAACCAUCCAUUGCGGCCGUUGUCGGAUCAAUGGAUGCACAUCCGUCACGAUAUGCAGCAACUGUGCGAGUACAACAACAUCGUCAGGAAAUUAUCCAAGAGCUCAGCAGUAUGGUUCGUGAGCUGCUGAUAAUGUUUUACAAAUCGACGGGUGGCUAUAAGCCUCACCGAAUCAUUUUGUAUCGAGACGGUGUGUCUGAGGGCCAGUUCCCACAUGUUUUACAACAUGAAUUAACUGCCCUGCGUGAAGCAUGUAUUAAAUUGGAAGCUGGCUAUCGGCCUGGCAUUACAUUUAUCGUCGUACAGAAAAGACAUCACACACGAUUGUUCUGUGCCGAUAAGAAAGAACAGAGCGGAAAAUCGGGUAACAUACCAGCCGGUACAACGGUCGAUGUGGGCAUUACACAUCCAACCGAAUUCGAUUUUUACUUGUGCAGUCAUCAGGGUAUUCAGGGCACAAGUCGUCCGUCACACUAUCACGUUCUGUGGGACGAUAAUCAAUUCGAUUCCGACGAGCUACAAUGUUUGACAUAUCAACUAUGCCAUACAUAUGUCAGAUGCACGAGAUCGGUGUCGAUUCCAGCGCCAGCUUACUAUGCACAUUUGGUAGCGUUCAGAGCACGCUAUCAUCUUGUGGAAAAGGAACAUGAUUCGGGCGAAGGAUCGCACCAAAGUGGAUGUUCUGAAGAUCGUACACCGGGUGCGAUGGCGCGUGCGAUCACCGUUCAUUUAGAAACCAAAAAAGUUAUGUACUUUGCAUAAGCAAUCAUUUGGAUAACGAAACAAAAGCACGAAGAAAGAUGGAUCACGAAAACCAAAACGCAGGAAAGUAACAAGUCGUCGGUUGUAAUGACAAAACCUAGCGUGUUGCAAAAAAUUGAGAAUUUUCUUGCACUUUAAAGAGCAACAUAGUGUUUAUGAUUUUUAUUAUUUUUUUAGCUUUUUUAAGUUAGCUAUAGCAUCAAUGAAGAUUGCAAUUAGAUUUUAAUUAUUCUUUUCUUUGUUUUAAAAUUCCAACAAUCACGUUAACACACCUGUCGAAAAAUCGUGAACAAAAACUGAAUUUUGAAAGUUGUUUUCAACUUAUAUCGGAAGAAAGAACACAGCCACACACACACACAGCAAAAGAACUUUUUUAAGGUUCAUACAGACACAUCAAAACAU